AUGGGCUCGAAACCACUGUUCUUCCGCGAGCUCACGCCGCGCUUGCUGCGCAUCUUCCUCUUCGCUUCGAUAGGAGCAAUGAAUUUCGGUUACGACAACAAUUGGUGGGCUGGCGUUAUCGGACAGCAGAGUUUCAUCAACGAUUACGGUCGAUACAACGGUCCUGGCCAGGAUCGCUCCCUUCCAUCCACCUGGCUCUCAGCAGCCAGCGGCACGCCCAUCGCGGGAUGGAUCAUCGGUUGCCUCCUGGCUGGCUACCUGACCAGAACGUUCGGACGAAAGAAGACAAUCAUAGUCAUUUGCGUGGUGGCGCUUAUUGGCAUGGUGAUCCAGGCCGCUGUUCUGAAUUACUGGGUGUUAAUGGUUGGAAGACUCAUCAACGCGUUCUCUAUGGGUAUCGAGGCAAACUGUGUGCCUAUGUACAUGGCCGAACUUGCUCCCGCAUCAAUCCGCGGUGGCCUGGUCAACUUUUACCAGUCGUGGCUGUACAUUGGUGCCGCUCUCGCAGCUAUCACUGUUUACGCUUCUUCCAUUACUCUGACCGGAACUUGGUCAUAUAGGACUGCUAUCGUGGCUCAGAUCGGUCCCCCAUGUAUGUUGCUGGCUGCCAUCUGGUUCAUUCCCGAAUCACCUCGCUGGCUUCUCGGUAAGGGGAGAAAGGAAGAGGCCAUGAAAGCCCUGGCCUACAUGAGAGCAGGCGGUGCGACUGAAGAAGAGGUCGCCACUGAGCUGAAUCUAAUCGACUUGGCCAUGCAAGAGGAAAGGGAGAACAACCUCGCUACGAGCUAUGCAGACUGCUUCAAAGGCACCAACUUACGCCGCACCAUCAUUGCCAUUGGCGUCCAAGUUCUGCAGCAAGCACAGGGCAACUCCUUCACGACCACAUAUCUCGUCAUCUUCCUUAAGCAAGUCGGUGUCAAGGAACCGCUGCUGAUCAAUGUUGCCAAAAUGUGUUGCAACUUUGGGGCCACUCUCCUAACCUUCUUCCUCACCGACAUGCUCGGUCGUCGCCCGAUGCUUUUGGGUGGUUCUUUCUUCAUGGCAGGCCUCAUGUGGACAGUGAGUGGUGUAUCAGCAUGGAGUCCAGGUGGCCCCUCUGAUACUGCUGCGCAAGGAGUUGUGGCGGCAAUUCUCUUUUAUGGAGCAUUCGCUGCCGCAUGCUGGGGCUCUGUGAUGUGGACAGUCACAACUACAAUGUUGGGCUUUGUGACCAGCCUUCUGAUCACCUACAUCAAUCCAUUCGUCCAGAACGAGCCUGGGUAUCUCGGGGCAAAGGUUGGCAUGAUUUAUGGAAGCAUUUCGAUCCUUGCCUUGAUCUUCGUAUUCUUGGUAGUUCCCGAGAUGAGUGGGCGAAGUCUGGAAGAGUUGGAUGAGUUAUUCCGCGCCAAGGUCCCAGCUUGGAAGUCCAAGGACUAUGUUUGCACCGGAAUUGGCACCCAGAUUACUCACAUCCAGAAUAUUGAUGGAAAGAGAGUUAGUAUCGAUCGGGCUCAGUCGAUUUCAGGAGAGGCUCAGGGAGAUCGUAUGAAGAAGUGA